AUGAACUUUAAAGCGGUUGUCUUUCGCGAGUUUACGCCCGAAUCAUUGCGCCGUAUCGAACAUUAUCGUAAAGAAGAAGCUGAACGUAUUGCUGCUGAGCAAUUAGAACAGCAAAAACCACAUGAAGACGACAAUGAUGAGCGUCGUCGUAUGAUUAAGCCAUCAAAUGAAGAGUCAGCUGUUCCUAAACCAGCACCAAAUAAAGAAUUGGCUGUUGGAGAAACACUACCAUUGUAUUUACAACAUAGAUUUCCGCCUGAACUCAUCGGAAAACCUAUUGAAGAAAUCGAUCCUUAUUAUCGUACUGAUGAUGCAUUUAUGGUUAUUAAUAAGAAUCAUGUAAUAUUUCGAUUUAGUACAACAUCAGCUUGCUAUAUAUUUUCUCCAUUUAAUUGUUUUCGACGUAUAGCUAUACGUAUAUUAACACAUCCACUUUUUAGUACAAUGGUUAUGAUUACUAUCUUAACUAAUUGUGUAUUUAUGACACUCAAAAAUGCACCAGAAAUAAAUGAAUAUAUUUUUACAAUACUUUACACAACUGAAGCAUUAACAAAAUGUAUUGCACGAGGAUUUAUUCUAGAAAAAUAUACAUUCUUACGUGAUGCAUGGAAUUGGCUAGAUUUUAUUGUAAUUGUACUGGCGUAUAUAACAUUUUUUAUCAAUUUGGGAAAAGUUGCAGUACUACGAACAUUUCGUGUACUACGAGCAUUAAAAACUGUUGCAGUUGUUCCUGGUUUAAAAACGAUUGUCAAUGCUUUAAUACAAUCAUUUAUUGCUCUACGAGAUGUGGGUGUUCUAUCAAGUUUUAUUCUUUCGAUAUUUGCAUUGAUCGGAUUGCAAUUGUAUAUGGGUGCUCUUCGACAGAAAUGUGUGCCAACUUUUGAAUCCUUUUUGAAUAAUUCCAAUGUUUCAAGUGCUAGAAUUAAUAUGACAUAUGAAGGCUAUUUGAAAGAAAUCGACAAUGAAACUUAUUGGCAUAAAGAAAAUGAUCUCUAUGUUUUGUGCGGUAAUGCAAGUGGAAGCAUACAAUGUCCUUCAGGCUUUGUCUGUUGGAAAGAUCGAGGCAUGAGUCCCGAUUUUGGAUAUACAAGUUUCGAUAAUUACGGUUGGUCUAUGCUGGCUUGUUUUCGAUUAAUGACACAAGAUUAUUGGGAAAAUCUUUAUCUAUUAGUACUGUCGGCUGCUGGUCGCUUUCAUUUCUUUUAUUUUGUUGCUGUCAUCUUUUUUGGUUCAUUUUAUUUGGUGAAUUUGAUCUUAGCUAUUGUCUCCAUGUCCUAUCAAGAACAACAAAAGCAAGUCGAAGCCGAAAACGAAGAGCGUGCGAGACGAAAACUUGAAGAUGAACUUGCGAUACAAAAAGAAGACGCAGAAAACGCAGCGGAAGCUCGUGCACAUGCACAUUCACACUGCGAUAAAAAUGCGCUAACUUUUCAAGGCAUAAAUCCUGAUAUUGAAUUUAAACAAAAGGGAGAAAAAAAUGUAUCCUACAACGUACAAACAGCAGAAGGAUCACCUGUUCGACUUGAUCAGUCUACUGGUGUUCCUCCCAAUCCUACGACAGUAUCAAUUUUGGAUGAAACAAAACAGCAUUCAGCAAACGAAGAUAUAAAAACUCAACACAAUCAAAAUGAACAUGAUUUGACUAUGACAGCUCAUCAAUCUAAAUCUCCUAUGGAUUAUGCUCUGGUUAAUGAAGAAUUAACAGCAGAAGAAAUAGAGAGAAUAAGUAUUCGAUCAGACGAAGUGGAAUCGAUUCAUAAAGAUGAAGGAGCAAUAAUUAAAUUUCUACGAAUUUAUUGCUGUGAAUGCAGUUGUCCAUCGCCGAUAUUUCGAAAAUUCCAAGCGAUCGUUGCUUUUUUUGUAUUGGAUGCAUUUGUUGAUUUAUUUAUUACGAUAUGUAUUAUAUUAAAUACAUUAUUCAUGGCACUUGAUCAUCACGGCCAGAGUGAAACAAUGGCACGAGUUUUAACAGGUGGCAAUUAUUUUUUUACAACAAUAUUUACGGCUGAAUGUGUAUUGAAAAUAAUUGCAAUGAGCCCAUCGAAAUUUUUUAAAAACGGAUGGAAUGCAUUCGAUUUUGUCAUUGUUUCAGUCAGUCUUAUUGAAUUAGGUCUUGCCAAUGUAAAAGGUUUAAGUGUUCUACGUUCAUUUCGAUUGCUACGUGUUUUUAAAUUGGCUAAGUCAUGGCAAACAUUAAAUCGUCUCAUGUCAAUUAUUGGCAAAUCAAUAGGAGCUUUAGGAAAUUUAACUGUGGUUCUCAUUAUUAUAAUAUUUAUUUUCGCUGUUGUGGGAAUGCAGUUAUUUGGCCAAAAAUAUGAAGAAAAAUUUGGUAAAGAUAUGCCGCGGUGGAAUUUUUUUGAUUUUUUUCACGCAUUUAUGAUCGUUUUUCGUGUAUUAUGUGGUGAAUGGAUUGAAUCAAUGUGGGUAUGUCUUGAAUGCGCUGGAUGGCCAUGUAUUCCAUUUUUUCUGUUAACAUUUAUCAUCGGCAAUCUUGUCAUAUUAAAUCUGUUUUUGGCUCUUUUGCUUGCAUCAUUUGGUUCAAAUGUUUUAACUGAAAAAGAAGAAGAAGAAAAUAAGAUUGUUGAAGCUAUUGAUCGUAUUCAACGAUUUUGUCGUUUUCUAAAGCAAUACAUAAUUUAUCAUUUGUUCUGUCAAUACAAGCCACGGCGAAAACAGACUUUAAUCGAAAAUUGUGUCGAUGAUACUGUAGCUGACGAUCAAUCUCUUUCUGUUGCGCGCGAUGCAGUUAGUUAUCUUCCUGUGCCAACAUCAUCUCAGUUCGAACAAUCGACUACUUCAGUAUACAUCACUAGUGAUCCUUUAACAGCAGGUGAAGAAAUUGAAAUGGAGCCAAUGAAUACUGACUUUAUACCACCACCUCCUCCGUCAUGGGAAGUUGUUCACUUGCCACCGGAUUGUUUUUCGAAUGCAAUAACAAAAUAUUUUGCUUGUUGUGCUAAAUGUAUUCCUCAACGUAUGCAAAAGCGAUGGACAUAUCUUCGAAGUGCAGCUCAUUGGGUUGUUGAACAUCGAUAUUUCGAAUGGGUUAUUAUUAUUAGUAUAUUAACUAGUAGUACAACUUUAGCUUUGGAAGACAUCCAUACACGAAAACAGCCGACAUUUACUGAAGUUUUAGAUAUAUUCGAUAAGGUUUUUACCGUAGUUUUUACCAUGGAAUUAGUAUUAAAGUGGUUUGCAUAUGGAAUAACAAAUUAUUUUACAAGUGGCUGGAAUUGGUUAGAUUUUGUUAUCGUCGUCGUCAGUGUUCUUGGAGCUGCUCUUGAUCUAUUUGGUGUAGCUGAUAUUCCAGCAUUUAAAUCGAUGAGAACGCUGAGAGCUUUGCGUCCAUUAAAAGCACUGUCGAGAUUCGAAGGAAUACGAGUUGUUGUUAACGCAUUGUUUGGUGCUAUACCAGCCAUUUUUAAUGUCUUACUUGUUUGUCUCGUAUUUUGGUUAAUAUUUUCAAUAAUGGGCGUACAAUUAUUUGGUGGAAGAUUCUAUAAAUGUGUUUAUGUUGAUACACAUGAUCGUGUUAGUCUAUCAGAAAAUGUAACGAAUAGAAAUGAUUGCCUAAGAAAAAAUUUUACUUGGGAAAAUUCACGAGUGAAUUAUGAUAAUGUUCUGAGCGGUUAUUUGGCUUUAUUUCAAGUGUUAGGAGCUAAUGGUUCAUUAGAAAUGUUUAUGACCGAGGACCAAAAAAAAUAUUACAAUGCUAUGAAAAAAAUGGGUAAUAAAAAGCCGACUAAAGCAUUGCCAAGGCCAAGAUUCGCACUUGGACGAUUUCUUUUUGAUGUAACAACAAGCCAAAAAUUCGAUAUAUUCAUAAUGAUAUGUAUUUUUCUAAAUAUGCUCUGUAUGUGUCUUGAACAUUACAAUCAAAGUGAACAUUUCGAUCGUGUUCUUGGAUAUAUCAAUCAUUUUUUCGUUGCAGUAUUUACUAUCGAAUGUGUUAUGAAGUUAGUUGCCUUAAAUUUUAAAUAUUUUACUAUUCCAUGGAAUGUAUUUGAUUUCGUCAUUGUCAUUGCAUCGAUUCUUGGACAAACACUAGGAGAACUUAUGGCGAAAUUUUUUGUUAAUCCAACAUUAUUGCGUGUUGUUCGUGUUGCACGUGUUGGAAGAAUCCUACGUCUUGUAAAAGGAGCAAAAGGUAUUCGAACAUUACUUUUUGCAUUAGCUGUUUCAAUGCCUGCUUUAUUUAAUAUUGGUCUUCUUCUCUUUCUUGUCAUGUUUAUCUAUUCAAUAUUUGGUAUGUCAUUUUUUGGUUAUGUAAGAAAAUCAGCUGGUCUAACGGAUCUAUUUAAUUUUGAAACAUUUCCUAAUUCAAUGAUUGUACUAUUUCAAAUGUGUACGACUGCCGGUUGGUCUGGUGUUUACCAAGGAUUAACAAAUGAUCAACCACCAGAUUGUGAUCCAACUUUAAGUACACCCUCAAAUAAAGGUGAUUGUGGCGAUACAUCCAUUGCAACACCAUUUCUCGUCACCUAUGUAAUAAUUACUUCACUCGUUGUGGUAAAUAUGUAUAUUGCAGUUAUCUUAGAAAAUUUUUCUCAAGCACAAGAAGAUGUUCAACAAGGCUUAACCGAUGAUGAUUAUGAUAUGUAUUAUGAAAAAUGGCAACGUUUAGAUCCGUCAGGUUCGCAAUUCAUACAGUAUGAACAAUUAUCAGAUUUUGUCGAUGGUCUCGAACCACCAUUACGUAUUCCGAAACCAAACCAUUUCGCACUCACUGGCUUGGAUUUACCAAUAUGUGAAAAUGAUCGUAUGCAUUGCGUUGAUAUACUUGAUGGUCUUACAAAAUAUUUUCUUGGUGCAUUUGACGCCGAGGUACCUAAUGGUGACGCUGAUGCACCUAUUGACAUAAAAAAAGAUCGUCCAAAAGAUUAUCAUCCCGUAACAACAACAGUGAAACGUCAACGUGAAACUUAUUUAGGUCGAAUAGGCUUAAGACACUUUCGAUUGAAUGUUGAACGACGUAGAAAUGAACGAAAUAAUCAAGAACAAACACCGGAAAAAAAUACAAUUGAUACACACGUUGAAUCAGGUGCCGUGAACACAUCAACAAUAUCCAUAUGA